AUGUUUGAAAUACGCAGCUACAACCGAUUUGCUGCCAGAACAACAGUCUACGAACAGUUCCGGCGCUUGAAACCAAUAGGUACCCCUCUGCUGACCCUGAGGGGCACGGCUGCAUCUGUUACCCUGGAAAUGAGAUUCUGCAGCAUUUUAAAAGGCUCGGUUUUGCGCUGUGGGGGUGCUACCUGCGGCCCCCCGCCACGGAGCCGCACCCGGUCCCCGUGUUGCCGCCUUUGGCCGGGUUUUACCUGCGCUCUGACCGUAGCCCGGCUAAGCGGAGCAUUAAUUUGCUUGUAUUUACAGGCGCAUUCGACCAAAAGAGCGGAUCCUGCUGAACUACGAAGUAUUUUCUUGCAGUAUGCAAGCGUUGAGAAAGAUGGUGAGCAUUACAUGACCCCAGAGGACUUUGUGCAGAAAUACCUGGGGCUUCAUACGGAUCCGCAGCACAAUCCUAAAACAGUACAGCUGUUGGCUGGAGUGGCAGAUCAAACUAAGGAUGGGUUAAUUUCCUUCCAAGAAUUUUUGGCAUUUGAAUCUGUUUUGUGUACUCCAGAUGCAAUAUUCAUUGUUGCUUUUCAGUUAUUUGACAGGAAUGGCAAUGGAGAAGUAACAUUUGCAAAUGUCAAAGAAAUAUUUGAACAAACUCUUAUUCAUCUUCAAAUCCCGUUCAACUGGGACUGUGAGUUUAUUCGACUGCAUUUUGGACAUAACAGGAAGAAGCAUCUUAACUAUGCAGAGUUCACUCAGUUUCUUCAGGAGCUGCAGUCAGAACAUGCAAGACAAGCCUUUGCAUUGAAGGACAAAAAUAAAAGUGGUGUGAUAACUGGACUGGACUUCAAUGAGAUCAUGGUUACUAUUCGCUCCCAUAUGCUAACUCCAUUUGUGGAAGAAAAUUUAGUUUCAGUAGCUGGUGGAACUGUAUCACAUCAGGUCAGCUUCUCCUUUUUCAAUGCAUUUAAUGCCCUUUUGAAUAACAUGGAUCUUGUUAGGAAGAUAUACAGUAAUAUAGCAGGUACAAGAAGAGAUGUUGAAGUCACAAAAGAGGAAUUUGCACACUCUGCAAUCCACUUCGGACAAAUUACACCACUGGAAAUAGAUAUUCUCUACCAACUUACAGACUUAUACAGUGUUACUGGGCGCUUAACUUUGGCAGAUAUUGAGAGAAUAGCACCACUGGCUGAAGGUGCAUUACCUUACAACCUGGCUGAGCUCCAAAGGCAGCAAUCUUUUGGAGAAUUAGGCAGACCUAUUUGGCUCCAGAUAGCUGAGUCAGCUUACAGGUUCACUUUAGGCUCAAUUGCUGGAGCUGUUGGUGCUACUGCAGUAUAUCCCAUAGACCUGGUGAAAACUCGUAUGCAGAAUCAGCGCACCACAGGUUCAGUCGUAGGAGAGUUGAUGUAUAAAAACAGCUUUGACUGCUUUAAAAAGGUUUUGCGUUUUGAAGGCUUUUUUGGUCUUUACAGAGGCUUGUUACCACAGCUGAUAGGUGUUGCUCCAGAAAAGGCUAUUAAGCUAACUGUUAAUGACUUUGUCAGAGACAAAUUUACUAAGAAAGAUGGUUCCAUUCCACUCCCUGCAGAGAUCCUUGCUGGAGGCUGUGCAGGAGGUUCCCAGGUCAUCUUCACUAAUCCUCUGGAGAUUGUAAAGAUUCGGUUGCAGGUGGCAGGAGAAAUUACUACAGGACCCAGAGUCAGUGCCCUCUCUGUUAUAAAAGAUUUGGGUUUCCUUGGUCUUUAUAAGGGUGCCAAAGCAUGUUUCCUCAGAGACAUUCCCUUUUCUGCAAUCUACUUUCCGGUUUAUGCUCAUAGUAAAAUGAUGUUUGCUGAUGAAAGUGGCCAUGUGGGAGGGCUUAAUCUUCUUGCAGCUGGAGCCAUUGCAGGUGUGCCUGCUGCUUCUUUGGUAACCCCUGCUGAUGUCAUCAAGACAAGACUGCAAGUGGCAGCUCGCGCUGGUCAGACAACAUACAGUGGAGUUAUUGACUGCUUCAGAAAGAUUCUAAGGGAAGAAGGCCCUUCAGCUUUGUGGAAGGGAGCUGGAGCUCGUGUGUUCAGAUCUUCACCCCAGUUUGGUGUUACUUUGGUCACUUAUGAGCUUCUGCAGAGAUGGUUGUAUGUUGAUUUUGGAGGCCACAAACCCGCUGGAUCAGAAUCUACCCCAAAAACACGGAUUUCAGAUCUUCCUCCUGUUAACCCUGCACAUAUAGGAGGAUACAGACUUGCUACAGCUACAUUUGCUGGUAUAGAAAAUAAAUUUGGUUUAUAUCUUCCAAAGUUUCGAGCUCCUGCUGCCACUGCAGCUCAAGCACACAGUAGCAGCUGAGUCCUGAAAAGAUGUUUCAAAUGAACAAAGUUGAUGCAGUGGAAAGAGUUCACAAGAGUACUGCUGUAUUUUUUUCCAGUCAGCUGCAUGUGUUCUAGCUGAACUGAGCUUGCAAAUAUAAUUGCUCCUUUCAAAUAUUCAUACAUACCUGCAUUUAUUUAUUUACACACAAGGAACUGAUUGAAGCUGUGGUUCUCUGCCUUGUUCUAACCAGUGGCAUGAAGCUGUAACCUAGACUUUGCCUUGCACAGCUUGCAUUUAAUGUUACUGUACAUAUUGUACAUCUUUGUACAGAGACAUCAGGGCAUCUAUACACGUACAUUUAUAUAAUGGGUACUGCAGUUCAGAAUAGUUUGAAAUGUACAGAUGUUUUGAAGGUGUUUUGUUAACAAUCGUGACAAUAAAACGUUUUAAAACGCU